AAAAAAUUCUUAUAAAAUGGAGAAGAAAGGAUUGAUGUGCUAUGAGCCUCAUGUUGUCUCAGAGCAUUUGAAGGAUAGACAUCCUUACUUGCAGAAGGAUUUUGAUCCAAUGAUAGAUCCAGAACAAAUUACUCAUGCUGUUCAUGAUAGAUUUUUGCCAAAGUAUGCAGAAGCCUUGUCCAAUAGGGACCUUAGUGCUGAUAGGAAGAAGGAUGCACUCAUUAAGCUUAAUCAGUUAUCCACUCAGAAGGAUACUGUCGAUGAAAUGAUUAACCAUAACAUGGUUGUUAUCGUUUCAACUCUUCUCCUUGAUGAUGACAAAGAUGUGAGGGAGCAGGCUGCCCUGCUCAUUGGAUCAUUUAUGUCCCAUCAAAGAGCUAGAGAAAGAAUAGAAGAGACAUGUCCUCUUCUCAAGCUUGAGGAUGAUGAGCUCAAGGUCAGGGAGGCUACAGCUUGGACUUUCUAUCAAAUGAGUCUUAGCAGACACGGAUGUGAUAUUAUCGUCGAAACUGAGUCAGCAAUUGCUAUUAUUAGCUCUUUUAUGAAUUUUGCUGAUCCAAAGAAAAUUCGUGAAGAGUCUGGGAAAUACUUGAUCUACCUCCUCGAGUGUAUGUCUAAUACCACCAAAUAUGAUAACGGAAUUGAACCCCUACUUGGCAAAGGGGCAGUCUCUUGUCUAAAUACAAUCUUGAAAGACGAAGAGCAAAUCCAGAAACUUGGAAUUUAUAAAGAGAAAAUCCAGCAACUUUCUCUUAAAGUUGUAGGAAACAUCUGCCUUCAUGAUAAAGGAAAGGAUGAAGCUAUUGAGGAGAAGGUAAUUCUGUAUGCUUGGAAAUUCCUCAAAUCGGAUGAGCUCAAAACAUGCUUCAAUGCUUCACAUGUUCUCAUGAGUUGUACCUUACAUUUAGAUGGUAAAAAGCAAGCUACUUUUGAAGUAGAUGAAAAUGAUAAUCCAAUCAUUCUCCAGAAAAUAGUCGACAAGCUAUACUCCCAAGAUGAAUGGCUUAGAGAGAAUUUGAAGGCUUGUCUAAUCAAUAUCUCAGAACUUCCAGCUGGAUUUUUGAAAAUUACUCAUGAACUUUCUGAUAAAUUUGACCUCAUUGACGAAGUAUUUGGAGUAAAGGCUAUCAAGACUCUUGUUGAACUUCUCCCAAGUUUGGAUAGUUACCCUGACCCCAGUGACAUAGAAAUCAAGGGUAACGAAAAGAAUUUCCAAUAUGUUCAUACUAUUAAUAAACUAUUUGAGAAGUACCAAGGGGAAGCAGCUACAGUUGCUAUUGGAGAGACAAUUAACUUCUGUGACCAAUUAGCUCCAUACACAAAUCCUAAAUUCCCUGGGCAUAAGGAGACAGAGAAAAGCAUUGAGCUAGCGUCUAACGAUGAUUAUGCUUUCUAA